AUUGACACCUCUACACUGAGCGUUUGCUUCCCCAUCGUUUGUUAAGCCAUUUCUUGCCCCGCUAGGGGGCUCCUUCAGUCUUUCAAGGGCCGACCCCGUUUAUAGGCAGGGCGUAAGCCGGCAGCCCAGCAAAAAUGGCGGACCAAUCUGAGACCGACAAGAACAUUGAGAUGUGGAAGAUUAAGCGGCUCAUCAAGGCUCUGGAGGCUGCUCGUGGCAACGGCACCAGCAUGAUCAGCCUGAUCAUGCCCCCCAAGGACCAGGUCGCUCGUGUCCAGAAGAUGCUUGGUGAUGAGUAUGGCACGGCUUCCAACAUCAAGUCGCGUGUGAACCGCCUUUCAGUGCUGAGCGCCAUCACAUCGGCCCAGCAGCGCCUGAAGCUAUACAACAAGGUGCCCCCGAACGGCCUGGUCGUCUACACGGGCACCAUUAUGACCGAUGACGGCAAGGAGAAGAAGGUGAACAUUGACUUUGAGCCCUUCAAGCCCAUCAACACGUCGCUGUACCUGUGCGACAACAAGUUCCACACGGAGGCCCUGAACGAGCUGCUGGAGUCUGACAACAAGUACGGCUUCAUCAUCAUGGACGGUAACGGCAGCCUGUUCGGCACGCUGUGCGGCAACACGCGCGAGGUGCUGCACAAGUUCACGGUGGACCUGCCCAAGAAGCACGGCCGUGGUGGCCAGUCGGCGCUACGUUUCGCGCGUCUGCGUGUGGAGAAGCGCCACAACUACGUGCGCAAGGUGGCUGAGAUGGCGGUGCAGUUCUUCAUCACCAACGACCGGCCGAACGUGUCGGGCCUGGUGCUGGCGGGUAGCGCCGACUUCAAGACGGAGCUGUCCCAGUCCGACAUCUUCGACCCGCGCCUGCAGGCGGUGGUGCUGGGCGUGGUGGAUGUGUCGUACGGCGGUGAGAACGGCUUCAACCAGGCCAUUGAGCUGUCGGCCGAGAUGCUGGCCAACGUCAAGUUCGUGCAGGAGAAGCGGCUGAUCGGGCGCUUCUUCGAGGAGAUCAGCCAGGACUCCGGCAAGUUUGUCUUCUCGGUCAAGGACACGAUGCAGUGCCUGGAGAUGGGCGCGGUGGAGAUCCUGAUCGUGUGGGAGAACCUGGACUGCGACCGCUACGAGCUGAUGAACCCCUCCACGCAGAAGGUGGAGGUCAAGCUGCUCAACGCCGAGCAGGCCAAGGACCUGUCCCACUUCAAGGACAAGGAGGCGGGGUGCGACCUGGAGGUGCAGGACAAGAUGCCGCUGCUGGAGUGGCUGGCCAACAACUACAAGAAGUUCGGCUGCACGCUAGAGUUCGUGACCAACAAGUCGCAGGAGGGCAGCCAGUUCUGCAGAGGGUUCGGAGGCAUCGGCGGCAUCCUUCGCUACCAGGUCAACCUGGCGGAGCUGGAUGUGGACGAGGACGAUGCCGGCGACGCGCUCUGGAGCGAUGAUGACUUCUAAAUGACAACACAACAUUGGGCACAUUGACCGAACACACAGCAGGAGUGUCAGUGUUGGUGACAGCAAUAGUGACGGGGGCGGUGCGGGAGACGCAGCAGCGGCCGCCGAUUGAGUUGAGUUUCACUGAACUUGCUGCGGCGGGGCGCUAGCAGCGGAAGCACUUCGCAACGGCGAGAGCGCGACUGGAAGCUGCAGAAUGUGAGUAGUGUGACUGAGCAGCCGCUGGCGCAUGCUCUCAUUGCGGGCCUAUUCAUCGUCCCUGCUGACCAUAACGCGGAGGCCUGGUGCCAAGGCCGGCGGAGGGCACUUGCGGGCACCAGCUGGCUUGAGAGGCACAGGCCGGGCCAGUGCUGGUCGGCGCUGCCAGCAGACACAGCGGCUGCAAGUUGCCAGGUGACAGGCUGCCAGGUGAAGCUCCUGUACGUCCUUGCGACUGUGGGAUGCCGAGAACAGGUGGUCGCACCCGACACACCAUUUGCAUUGACCAACCUCCAUGUACUAGGUAGUUUUACCCGUCCGUCAAGUGUGCUUUGACCGUGUGGAAUAUAGGUUUUGACCAUGCUACGUACCGUAUGUCGACGGGUGGUAAACGUUAUGUGACGCCGCGCGGGCCAUGUGGGAGCGGGCGCUGUGGAGUUGACGUUUCGCUGUGAGUGUGUGUUGUCCGGACCCGCGUGACACCCGCGCAGCUACUUGUGCCAGGGACACGAAGCAGAUUGCGCAAGUAGGUGUAGCGAUAGAGCUAGAGACAAAGACACGAGACAGGGACGAGUCAAGAAGAAGCGUCACGUCGGUGCCGUCUUGUGUUACGGGUGUCAUCGUGGCAGGAGUGUAUCGUGGAAGCACCGCGGGUGGGAACUUAUUCGAAUUGCGGCCAGGCUUGCCGAAGAGGCAGAGUGGAUAGUGGUCUCAAGCUAGGUGACCAAGUCGAUGGAUCGGAGCAAAGGCCUUCAAGCAACGGGAACGGUCGAGGUGGACAGAAGCUGUGGGCGCCGUUGAGCAGUGCCGCGUCCGCGUCUGGUCUGCUGUGCCGUUGCUGGACGCAGGCAAGCCAACGGCGUCCGCCGCGUUGUAAUAUUUGAGAGGU